GACCGCAAGAGUUUUCCGUUGCUGGGGCUGAAACUCGCGGGCAAUGGAAAACGGCGACGAUUGGUUGGCCGUUGACAAACUAUACCACGUCCUUUUCUGCUUCUUCAUUGCCGUCGUUUCCUCCCUGCUCGCGGCCCGGACGCGCUAUCCUUUCAUCCGUCGCCGCAGCAUUUGGGUCGGCUCCGUUGUCUCUGUUGCAGCCGGCGCAGCUAAAGAGUUCGCCGACGAGCUGGGUUUCUUCAAAUCCGCCGGGGCAUCCCCAAAGGACGCAGUUGCUGAUUUCCUCGGCGUUCUAUUCGCCGCCGUGAUGCUUUACUUGUGUAAUUGUAGGUCUGUCUCCUCCUUGGCUAGGCCCGAUGGUCCGCGUCAGACCCGGGCGGUCGACAUGGUUUGAAUUGGUGUAACGAAGUCCUUGGUCAAUUUCUGUUACGAGUAUUUGAAUGAUCACUAUCAGGAGAAUGAGAAAUAGUGAAAGGGAAUGCAAGAAUUGACUUUCAUCAAUAUAGCGGACGGUGUAAGAGCUUUCGAGCUAGGUGGUUAACCAACAACGAAUUCUAUCCAGAUUCUUAGAAAUGGAAAGGUGCAUUGGAUCAUAUUCUGAAGCUAAGUGCUGCUAAGGGCUUCGCAUGUGCAUUGGCAUCUUCAUCUGGCAGCUUAACUGCAGAAUAAACUCCUGCCCCUG